UCUCGUCUCAAUCUCUACAUAUACCCACCAAAGUCCAGACUUCAGAAACUCCUCGAUCUGCCUCUUGGUUUCGUUCAAAAUUAUGGAGGUAGAGGUAGAGGCAGAGAUUGAUCGAUUGCCAAUCGACCUCUUGGCCCAUAUUUUCGUCAUGAUCACUUCCUUCACCGAUUUGGCACAGGCGAGUAUUGUGUGCCGGAAAUGGAAACAGGGUGUGCAGCAGUCCCUGGCAAGAAGGGAGAGUUUAAGCUUUGCCAGUUGGAAAAUGGAUGAUGAUUCCACCGCCCGUCUCGUCCGCCAUGCUUACACCCUCAAAGAGCUUGACAUUUCAAGGAACCGUUGGGGUUGCCAAAUAACUGAUGAUGGACUGUAUAAAAUAUCCCUGGCCAAGUGUGUGAGCAACCUGACAUCAAUAUCCUUAUGGGGUAUCACAGGGAUCACCGACAAAGGUGUUGUCCAAUUGAUUUCAAGAGCUAAUUCCUUGCAACACUUGAAUGUUGGGGGUACAUUUAUUACAGAUGAAUCCUUACAAGCCAUUGCAGAUUGCUCUCCACUUCUAAAGGCAAGUUUUCUUUCACUGAUAUGCGGACUUUACAUUUCGAUUCCUGAAUAAGAAUAAAAAAUUCAAGUAAUUUUCCAAUUGGUACUGAAACUCAGUGCUGUUGUUCUAUCACCAGAGUAUUGUCCUCUGGAGCUGCCAUCACGUAACUGAAACCGGGCUUCUCAUUCUUGUAAGCAAAUGUCGCAAACUCGAGUCAAUGAAUUUAUGGGGAACAAGUUUUCCUCUCGACUGCUUCAUUAGUUUACUUACCAUUAGUCCUGCCCUCCAAGUAAAACCCAGAGGACUGCCCUUGAACGUUGGAAGCGCUUCAAUGUUGCCUGUUGUAUAAUUUGCUUGUUCUUGUGGUUGAAUCAGUGCUACACGUACAGGUUCCUUACUGCAAAAUAAAAGGGGUUAUUCUUUGUAUUAAUCAUCAUGAUGAAUUUAUUCCUUCGAUAAAAGUUGCGGAAAGGGGUUGCCUUCAAAGUAUCUUUACUGGUGUAAAUGUAAUAUAUGAACCAUUAUUAAAAUCAAUACCAUCUAAAAGCUUUGAGUGAAUUAAUUAAAUACAGCUCUUUGCUAGAA